AUGUUAGCCGAAUUUAAAUCUGAAUAUCGUUGUUUUAAGUAUUUUGAAGAAUGUGACAGCUUCAUACGGCCAGAAGUGUUUUCUGUUGGAGAACAUCCUGUAUUAAACAACAAAAGUACAACGCAACACCCAGUUCUGGCAUUGAAAAAAAUCGAAAUACAGAAAAUUCCUUUAAGGAGAGUUUUACAAAAAUUUUUGGAAUUACCAAAUGUUUAUAAUAUCCUACAACAAUAUUUACAAGAAGAAGAUUCAAAACCUUCAUCGGUUUUGUCUAAUGUCUUUCAAGGUUCUCUUUGGCAGAGUAUGAAGACGAAAUUUGGCAAUAGAACGGUUUUUCCUCUCUAUAUGUUUUUCGACGACUUUGAAUCAUGCAAUCCUUUUGGAAGUAAAGCUGGUAUACACAAAAUCGGGGCGGUAUACGUUUCGUUGGCUUGUAUACCACCAGAAUAUUCUUCCAUACUUGAAAACGUAUUUCUAGCUCAAUUGUUUUAUUCUAAGGAUAGAACGACAGUCGGAAAUGGAAAAAUUUUUUCUAAAUUAUUAGAAGAAUUCAAAUACUUAGAGGAAUAUGGAAUUGAAGUACAUAUUAGCUCAAAACGAUAUCGUAUUUAUUUUGUUCUUCUUUUAGUUUUGGGAGACAAUCUAGGUUUAAACUCAAUUUUAGGAUUCAAUGAAAGUUUUAAUGCGAAUUAUUUUUGUAGAAUAUGUAAAACUUCCAAAGAACUUUCUAAAAUUCAGAGUAUUGAAGAUUUUAACACUCUGCGCACAAUUAAUAAUUACGACGAGGAUUCUAGGAAUUUAAGUUUUGGAAUUAAACAGAUAUGUAUUUUUAAUGAUCUACGAUUCUUCCAUGUGGUUGAGAAUAUCUCCGUGGAUUUAAUGCAUGAUUUGCUAGAAGGAGUGUUAAGAUAUGAUAUGGCCCAUAUAUUAAAUAACUUAAUAUCUAAAAAAUUUGUCUCUCUUCCACUAGUAAAUAGUCGGAUUAAGUUUUUUAAAUUUUCGGAAGCAGAUAUUGGCAAUCCCAUACCUAUAAUAAAAAUUGAACACCUUCAAAAAAAUUACUUAACGUUAAGUGCAUCAGAAAUGUUGGCCUUUGUUGUAUACUUUGGUAUACUACUAGGAGAUCGUGUCCCAGAUAAUGACGAAGUGUGGGAAUUUUAUCUAAAUUUACAUCGAAUAAUUCACAUUAUUACUAGUAGAACUAUUUCCAGAAAUGCUGUUGAGCUCCUAAAAACCUUAAUUGACAACCAUAACAAAGAUUACUGUGCUUUGUUUAACGAUUCUCUAAAACCCAAACAUCACAUAUUGGUGCACUAUCCUACAGUCAUAUUAAAAAUAGGACCUCCUCGUCUGAUUUGGGGGAUGAAGUAUGAAAGUUUCCACAAAACCUUAAAAAACUUUGCUGGUGCAGUUACAACCAGAAAAAACAUAAUUGCUACAUUAGCUGUAAAGCAGCAACUCAAAUUAUCAUCAAGAUUCUUAAGCGUUCGCGGAAUUGAUGAUAAUAUAUGUCUUGGUCCAUGUGAAGGGUUAAUUUCGCAAUUGCCGGAAUUUUUCGUUAUAGAGAGAUUACUAAAUUCGCAUCUCAUCACUUUUAAUUCAAAUGAAGCUGUAAUUGUAAAUUGGGUAAAGAUUAACAAUAUUAAAUACAAAGAAGGGUUAUGUUUGCAAUUUACAGAAAAUGAUAUUCCCGAUUUCAUUAAAAUUAAAUUUAUUUUUCACAUAAAUAAUGAGAUUUAUUUUGUUGGCUGCCUUAUUUAUACCAUUGGGUAUAAUACUCAUAUUCAAGCGUAUGAAAUCCGAGAUGAAAUCAUAUGCGAUUCUAAAAUCUCCCCAAAUAAUUUUAAACUAAUUCCUUCAAGAAAUAUGCUUAAUCGAAAACCUAGCAAUAUUCACUAUACAGCUGACGGUAUGUUAGUUAUCUACAAUGCAUAA